GCUAAUCGUCCUCAUGUUUUUUUUGUGAUUUAAGAGUGUAUUGUAUUGCAUAGUCAAGUAAGUUAUAUUGCAUACUAGUCAAGUAACUCUAGAAGUUCUGUGUGCAUCAGACAGUCUCACAUUAGAGGACCCAAAUCUGUCACCUGAACCUGUAAAAUCACAUUUACACACAGGCCUACCAGGCUUUAUUUAAGCAGAUUGUUCCUUAAUGAGGACAGUUCCUGACAGGUGAAUUCUUACAUUCAGUUCUCUUUUUUCCUGACUAGAAUACAGUCAACCAGAUUUGGAAAUGGAAGUGCUUGCAAGUGCUCCAGAACCCUUGCUCUGGCAACGAACUGGAUGCAUGCACAUGGUCACUUACCACUGUCUUGAAAGCAGUUUUAAAAGAAACAUCAGAAUAUAAACCUGGUAUUGAAACACAAUUCAUCCAUCAAUUGUAUCAACAUGUAUGUUUUAUUUGUCCACUAUCUCCAAAUAAGUUCUACUUGGUGCCAAAUCCUAUGUAUUUACCAUGUGUUUACAUGGUAGACCACCCAUACGUAAAAAUUUAUGCACACAUGAUGUAAGUCGCUUUGGAUAAAAGCGUCUGCUAAAUGGCAUAUUAUAUUAUUAUUAUUAUUAUAGUUAGGCCACUAAGCUGGAACGGUGUAACUACAGUGUGGCUAUGAAUGUGUUUACAUUGUAAUUGUGUUCUACCUACCUAUGCAUCUACCAUGUAAAUUCAAUGUACAUUGGUUUUAGCCACAGUGGGGAAUUAUCUUUCUUUGCCCCUCAGGGACUUUGGAGAAACUUCUUGCCACUUUCGACCCAGCUGUCACUUCUGCUUACUCCCAGCUUGUCCCUGUAGAGAGAGCGGGCCAUGGGGACUCUGCAUCAUACCCCAGUAAUAACACGGCAGACUGGGCUACAACCCUGAGUAACCUCCUAGACUUACUGGAAGUGCUCACUGCAUCCAGGUUCAAACUAAGCACCACCAGUGUCUGUUUCACGAGCUCAAGGCUCGCCCUCGUACAGGCAUCGGCGUUACUGCGGAUAGUAGACUCUCACGUCGACUACUUUGUGAAGAAGCGAGUGCUUCUGCUAUUAAAGAGGAUUCUCCUUCAGAAGGCGGGCGAGGACAUGGCUUUGGGAGAGGCGUCCUCCCUAACGCAUGGAGAUGAUCACAUGACGAGUGACAUUCUUGCGCUGGCUGAUGAUGUGUUGCGGGCGGUGCACGCUGAUUGGUUACAGUGUGUUCCGGUGGAGUCCGCGGCCAUUUUCUUUGGAGGGACGGGCCAAUUACGUGGCGGGAGCAGUGAUGAGUUCGAUCAUGUGAUGCUGAGGGCUGUUAGUCUGGUUGUGCUCAAGUCACUGGAAUACAAAAUCCAAUCCGCUGGGGGGAAAGGUGUACGUAACACCAUAGACAUCCAUGGCUAUUUGAGUGCGUUGCUGUUGUUCCUGAGCCAGCGUGGGGUCCAGCUGAAGCAGGGAUCUCACUCCUGCUGCUGGGUGUCUUUGGUGUUUGGAGAGCAGGACGACGACAUGAUGGAAGCAGCCAAGGCUUUACUACUAAUAUACCUCCAUCACAGAGUGACCUCUGACCUGGAUGCUGAUGCUGCGUGUGUCGUCGGGCGGAAACCCCCCACUGCCACUUUCUCUUCCUCCUCCGCAGCAUCUCCUUCGACCACAGCAUUCUCCUCGAUUUCCUAAUCUCAACGGAAACCUGCUUCCUCGAGUACUUUGUCCGUUAUCUAAAACACCUCCGGGACGACUGGGAAGGGGUCCGAACGGUUUGUCAGAAGAUGGAUGGGUCGGACCGGUGUAAACUGAGCUGGAAGAUUAGCCAGAAAAAUGAUAAACUAUUGGACAACCUGAGAGAGGAACUCCAACAGUCGUUGUGUGUCUCUCGUGGAAGCGUGUCUACUUCGAGCCAUCAUGGAGGAUCAGUCACCAUUGUGGACCCAGAGCCAGCUCAGUGUCUGCAGCCCAGCCUGUGUCUGCCUUCAGGGAGUGCAAACACCCUGGCCUCUCCUCCCCCUCUCCGUCUGGUGGACUACGGCAGCUCAGAGGAGUCUGAGACUGAGGACAGGGAUCUCCCAUCAGUCCUUACACAGGAUAGGCUACACAGCAACUCUGUCAUUCACACACACAACAGCCACACUUUUGAUAGGACGGUUAUGUGUCUGACAGAACUCAGAGUGGUGGUGACUAGACUACAGAGGAGGAGUCUGUUUCCUUACAAUGCCACCUCGCUCUUGAAACUGCUGACACAGAUUGAAGCGAAUAGAUGUUCUUCACGGCGUUGAACUCCGUAAUGAUGAAAUAAAGGUUACGUGGUGGUAAAUGCA